AUUUUGUCCCCUACACGUUUCCGUUCUUACGUAAUCAAAAGGUUAAACAAGACUUGCAUAGCUAGCUAACAUAAGUUGAUCAAGAUACAGGAUAAACAGGAGAAGCCCAACAGGAUGACCAGUGUGCUCUGCAGCAGAGCUCGGCUGGUUACGUACCUACCAGGGCUUCAUGUUCUUGUUCACCGUGUUGUAGGGGCCAGAACUUUCUCUGGGGCAUCUGGUUCAGAUGAGCCACAUAUGAACAGCACAACUCCAGACAUUGCACCAAGAACAGUGUGGCCAGAUGAGAACAUGGGUCCAUUUGGACCUCAGGAUAAACGCUUCCAGUUGCCGGGUAAUGUGGGAUUUGACUGUCAUUUAGAGGGCACAGCAGCACAGAGAACUGUACCCGUCCACAUCCCUGAUGUGCUCACAGCUCAGUCCAGUAGCGAGAGGCACGGCUUCAUCCUGGCCCAUUUCAUCAAUGAGCUUCAUGAAACCGACAAAACAAAUGCAGCACAGACGAUCAGUAAAGUAGAGCAUUAUUUUGAUAAUUCCAAUGUGGAGUGUGCUGUUCAAUCCUGCCCUGAACUUCUAAAGAAAGAUUUUGAGUCAAUGUUCCCUGAUGCCCCGUCGACUGGAAUGAUGGUGGUCACUGUUACUCAAAGGACACAGAGUGACAUGACGUGCUGGUCUGAGCAGGUGGACCAGGAGAGAGAAGACCUGCUGGCUAAAUUUAUUGAAGGUGCAAAAGAGAUAUGUUGUGCUCUCCAAAAAGAAGGAUUUUGGGCGGAUUUUAUAGAUCCAUCAUCUGGCCUUGCAUUCUUCGGCUCAUACACAAACAACACGCUCUUUGAAACGGAUGAAAGAUACAGACAUUUAGGUUUUCAGAUCGAAGACCUGGGCUGUUGUAAAGUGAUCCGGCAUACGAUAUGGGGGACGCACGCUUUUGUGGGCACACUGUUCACCACUGCUCCACCCGACAGCCAAAUCAUGAAGAAGCUCCAAGGAAGCUGAAGAUAAUUAGUUAAGGAUGCUGUGUUGCUAUGGAAACAUGGUCAGGCGCAACACUAGAAAUAAACUUUGGAUGGUUCCUUACCUUUAUGCUUGAUCAGCAAAAUCAAACACACUAAAAUCUACAAUUCAAUAUGAAGUUGCCCAAUGACUGGUGCUAAGAUGUGUUUUGUUUUUGUAGAACAAGAGGCACUUUUGGUGUAACUUUUACUGUGGGGGCUUGUGCUACAGAGUCAAAUUCACUGUCAGGCAAUCAUGUAGGAUGUUCAAUGCAAGUCUUUGCCUGUGUUGCCUUUUUUAAAACACGCCCCUGAGAAAGUCCAUUAAAAAUGUGGGUUUAAAUGGGUUGCAAAGCUAAGAUUGUUUUCUGCUCCAGUGAUGCAAUAGAAUCCUUGACGAAAUUGAUAAUGUUAAUAUUAAAUAAAAUGUGAGAACUGUUACAAUAAUUAAAAUAUAUCAGAAAUGACUAAAGGCUUUUAGACUUUAAUUCAAUAACAUAAACUUUCUCCUUAGGUCCAUAAUAUUCACACAUAAUAAAUGGAGGAGAUCUACUUUCUCUAAUGUUCUUCUAAUGUUUUUCCCACUGUGUAAUUUAUAUAAUUUAUACAAUAAUUUGAAGCCACUGACCUUAAUGUUAAAAUCUGACCUUCUUCAUUCUGUCAUUAAUCAAACUAUAGAGAAAUGUAAGCUGCGAAGAUAAAAAAGCUUUUAUGACUCAGUCAGUGGCAAGUGUGCAGACUUUCUAAAUGUAAUGUUUUGCAAUUUGAGGGGGUGUUUCAUGGUUUACCUCAAUAUGAAAUGCAUUAGCAGUCUUAGCCUGUCUCUAAACUAAAUGGAGAAUGUUUUGGGCCGAUUAGCUUGAGGUUAGCAAAGGUAGCAGCUGCUGGGGUCAAUGUCUCCAGGGUACCAUUAGAAUUCAUUUAGAGUCACAACAGAUGGGCUAUAAUCAGUCUUCUUUAAACUCUGACACCACAAUUAUUUAGCCAGUUCUUCACUCUCCAUUAGCACGAGCUGUGAAUGAAUGAAUGAUCAUAAGACCCAUAUGAUCAACACAAAAGCACGAUUCUGUUUUCUGAAGUCUCUUAAUAAUGAUAUGGUAUAUUGACAUAACCGCUUACAGAAAGUUACCAAAUACAUAUAACUGUCAUGAUGUGUGGUCAAAUCAAAGCACGUGCUUGUUUAGAGACAGGCUCUGUCUGGAUAAUGAAUUAGGCCUAUAGGACAGUGGUCAGUCUUCACCCCAUGCAUGUCUGACAACCAAUCUUGAUUGACAUGACUAUCAAUUAGGCAUAAUUGUCCACCUAAAACUUUGUUCCUCCCCUUUGUCAGUUUGAAACCUUUCCCCAAGCUGGUGAAAUUGGGGGCAUAUUCUCCAAUGGGAUUCAAUAGCAUUUAAUAUGAUAUAAUAACAUCUAUUGUUCGUAUAAUAAAAAAUGUACUUUUGCUUUGAA